GCCUGUUACUCAUGUGACCAAACACGGAACUUGAGGGAACGUCUAAAGGUCUUUUCCCAUUCCUCAAAAAAGCUCUCAAUGGCUACUUACUACAUCUAUUGAGAUAUUACUUGCAUAUUGACUUUAUGUACAGCUCUUAUGGUCUAAAGUGUCCUGUUUUGGUCUGAUAAUCUCCUAAGAGAGUUCAGCCCACCCAUCUCAGUUGCGGAAACACAGUGCGUAACAAAGCUAAGCAGGAGCAGGUUUUGUCGGAUCGUUCGUGAGUGUGUUCUUGAAUAAACGACACUAACCCACCCAUCAAGGCGAUGGCAAGCGCACCCCCACUAGAGACAUCAACAUUUGUGGGACACCCGCCUCCUCCAUCGUAUGAGGAGGCAUUGGCAGCAAACCCACAGUACCCACCAAUGCCCUAUGCUCCAGCUCCAGAUAUGAAGACAUCUGUACCUCCUGUGCCAACACAAUUGUACAGCCCGAUGUAUCCACCACCACCCCAACAAGGUCAACCUGCCACCUGUCCUGUUGUUUCUGUUCAGACCAUGUAUGUUCAGCCUGGUCUGGCGUUUGAAAGUGUUCCAGUGCAGGCACAUUGCCCAGUAUGCACACAGAACGUGAUAACUCGCCUGGAGUAUACAUCAGGAGCACUAGCUUGGCUCUCUUGUGCAGGCCUGGCCAUUUUUGGAUGUAUCUACGGCUGCUGCCUGAUUCCCUUCUGUGUGGACAGCCUGAAGGAUGUGACACACCACUGUCCGAACUGCAGCAGCGUUUUAGGAGUCCACAAGAGAAUGUGAAGCAGCUGCAGAACAUGUGA